AUGUUUGGUUACCGCCGUGAGCUGAGGAGGUACGAGGAGGUGGAUGAGGACGAGGUGUUGGCCUCUCUGUCCGUGGAGGAGAUCCAGGAGCUGGAGCAGGAGCUGGACACCCUGGACCCCGACACGGAUGUCCCCAUUGGGCUGAGGCAGAAGGACCAGACGGCCAAAGCCCCGGGGGGGACCUUCAGCCGCGAGGCCCUGCUCAAGUACUGGGAGGAGGAGAACAAGAAACUGAUCCAGGAGGAGCAUGAGGAGACUAAAACAACCCAGAAGGAGAUGCGAGAUAAGAGCUGCCUCCGGAGGGAGCUAGAACCAACCAACGCAAACAAGCCGGCCCCCAAGAACAACGAGAAGAAAAGGCUGACGCAGAAAAACAAGAAACUCAUCGAGCAAAACGGCUCCGCAAAAGACGACCAGAAAUGCACGAGGGAGACCAAAACGAAAGCAGUCACUCCACCAAAAAGCAACACCGAUUUUCCAACGCUAAACGCAGACAAACCGAGCGAAAACCCCAUCGUCAUAGAUACGGCCCUGGAGCAGAUUUUGAAGAAUGACCCGACCUUGCUCGAAGUCAAUCUCAACAACAAAGAAGACAUUUCCCAAGAUGUUUUACUGCGGUUCACGGAAGCCCUUUGUGCGAAUUCUUGCGUUCAAUUCUUCAGUCUGGCUAAUACCCAUGCCGACGAUAGAGUGGCGUUCGCUAUCGCCAAGAUGCUGCAAGAAAAUAGCUCGAUAAAGAACCUGAACAUUGAGUCUAAUUUUGUGUCGGGACAAGGUAUCUUAGCAAUAGUGGGGGCUUUGCGGAAAAAUCAGGCUAUAGUUGAGCUCAGAUUUCACAACCAAAGGCACAUCUGUGGUGGGAAAGUGGAGAUGGAGAUGGUCCAGAUGCUAAGAGAGAAUUUUACGUUGCUAAAGCUCGGUUACCAGUUUGAGCUACCCGGGCCCAGAAUGGCGGCAACGAGCAUUUUAACGCGCAACCAAGAUCGUCAAAGGCAAAAGAGGCAGCAAGAAAGAAAGGAUUGUGAAGUGGCUGCACCAGUUUCGAGCCAAGCAGUAGAACAUCGGUCCCAGAAAAAGCCGACGCAACUGGGGAAAACUGGAGAAAAACUCAAAAAGAGUCCAACUUCCUUGAACCAAGAAGUGCCAACGAGGAAGAUCGCGGAGAUGGUCAGGCAGCGAGAAGUCUGCAACAAUACCCAGAUCAGGAAAGCCAAGACGAAGAAGCUGAAAAAUGGCGCCAAUGAAAAGGAGAGCGAGGACAUUUUGAACGAGUUAAGGAGUAAUCUGAAGCCGUCGGCAAAACGACGAGAAGAAUUGUCCCGCCUGCCUUUGCCGCAGAGGUCUGGGAGAGAUGAUCUGAUGGCGGCCAUUAGAGGGAGCAGCAUCUUCGCACUGAAAAGGGUGGAUUUGUCAGAGACCUGA